AUGAGGCUUCCACGGCUCCGCAGCCGUGCUGCGCUUCUAGUAGGACUUCUGGCAACGCAAGGAGCAAGUCAAUCCAUUCCUAACCCAAACAUCGACUUGAGCGAUCUUGGUCAGGUUGCUCUGACAGGCGACUUCGAUGCUCUGUCAGUCUACUCGUUUCCAGGACAGUUCAGUCAGAAUGGGUCGAAUUCGAUAUUGGGAUAUCUGCCCGAGGGCGCAUACGAGGUCUUCGCUUCCACCGACGCAACGAUUGAGAGCAUGUGUCCAUUCAUACGAAGAGACGGGACAUUCGAAGGCAUCAUCAUUGGUGGUAAUUUCACCAGUUUAGGUGGUGUACAGACGCGGUCGAUAGCCUCUUACAAUCCGGAUACACGGGUCAUUACGCCCUUAGUCGGUCUCGAAGGUACUGUGUCGGCAGUGCUGUGCGAUCAACAACGCGAGACCGUCUAUGUUGCCGGCGCAUUCGACGCUGCGAACACCACCAAUGCCAUCGCUUGGACAGUCGACGGGGCUUGGCAGACGUUACCUUUCGCUGGGUUUGACUCACCUGUAACCUCGGUCACCAAGGCUCCAAAUGGCCAUAUUGUCUUUGGUGGUGCAUUCGCCGGUUUGGGAAACACAACGACUAGUUCAUCGCAGCGAGAACGAGCUACUCAGCAAAUUCCUCUUGGUCCUGCUGGCGACAUCACAGUAGGAGGGGCCUCAUUGACCAAUGCUGAGGAGAUCACCUGCCCGACGAAUGGCUCCGAUGUUGCAUGGAAGCUGAACGGUAAGGUUGGCUUCUGGCAAGCAGACUUUGGCUUUGGUUUCGAGCCGACACGACUACGACUGUACAAUGCAGGCACCAAGACGUUUCGCUUCACCGCUCUACCAAUCAACGGCAUUUUGAACUUUACACACACAGUUAAUGGAAAGGAAGUCAACUGCGAUGCUGGUUGUACUCUGCAAGAAAACCCCGAGAACGGUUUCGAAGACUUCUUCUUUGUCAACACGGUUGGCAUGAACAGCUUCCGUAUCGACAUUUCUGACUCGUAUGGAGAUGCUGGUGGCUUGGCUGGUAUACAGUUGUUCCAGAGCGACGUCUUCAGCUACGCCGUAUCGAGCUUCAAUGAGCCUAAGUGUGGCGGACCAACAGGCACGCUGUCGACCGUGACGACAACGGGGCCAUGGUUCGAAAUGGCAUCUUUCCAAAGCGUGUCCGAGUACUUGGCUGCAGUGCCUGGUCCAAAUGAUAUUGACAACACCGAAAUCGUCUUCGAGCCAAGUAUUCAGGAGAAAGGCAACUAUUCGGUUAUGGUGUACACUCCUGGAUGUCGUGCAGAUAGCUCGUGUUCAUCACGAGCGGUAGUCAACAUCACAGGUACCUUGACUACAGGAGCAGAACAGUCGUUCUUCACUCAGAUCUCUCAGACCAAUGAUUUCGAUAAGUACGACACUGUCUACCAAGGACCAAUCGACAUGACGACCGAUUCCUUCCGACCGAGCGUGAGCAUAAAGGCCUCGGGUCAGCUCAGAACCCAGCGCAUCGUUGCAUCGAGGGUCAAAUUUGGUCUAGUUGCCUCUACUGGCGGCCUUAAUGGGCUUUUCGAUUUCAAUCCUGAUGAGGUCAACGUCAACCCGGACACAUUUGGCGACUCCGACAUCAACAAUGCCGGAACUCUGCUAAAUCAAAAUGCUCAGAUCAUGGCUCUCACCACGGCCGGAGACGUAAUGUUCGCAGGAGGCUCUUUCACAGACGACAGGUUUCAGAACAUCAUGUCAUUCACAUCCGAAGGCAAUGCCACCUCGUUGGCCGACGGAGGCUUAAACUCAGCUGUGUUGGAUUUCUUCGUGCUUGACAAUACGCUGUACGUCGGUGGCAAUUUCACAGGUACCAGUACGGGCAAUCAGCAAGGUCUCAGCAACGUCGCAGCGUAUGAUGUGUCCGGUCGACAAUGGUCAGCGCUGGGCGCAGGCCUAAAUGGUGCUGUCGAAUAUGUUGCACCUGUGCCCGUGAACAUCUCAACAACAGAGACACAGCUCGCCAUUGCAUUCAGUGGAGACUUCAGCCAGAUAUCUCAGUCAGGCUCUGAUCCCGCGAUUGAUGUUCAAGGUUUGGCUAUUUGGGUUCCCUCGGCAAAGAAUUGGCUGCAAAGGACCAAUGCACCGCAGCAUGUACUCAACGGCCAACUCACAGCUGGCACUACGCUGCCUAACAAUACUUGGAUGGGCGCUGGUUCGCUGGCUUCGCUUGGCCAGGCUUUGCACGGUGCUGCGGGCAUGAGCUCAAGCCAGGGCCGUGUCAGCCUGUCAAGUCUGCCGAUCGAGAUCGAGGCGGACGAAAGCGCCUCAAGUCUGCGCAAGCGUGCCCUCAUGGCCAAUCAAAAUGUCACCGGAGUGGUGGAAGGCAUCACAUACGAACCGAGCGGAGCAAAUGUAACGAUAUUCGGAGGGCACUUCACAGCUCAGGGUCAGAACGGAGCUGAGAUUCAAAACUUGUUGUUCAUCAACGGUUCCAACAACAACGCUGUCUCGGGUCUACCAAGUGGUGUCGACGACAAUUCUACCUUCGUGGCGCUCGAAUCACACGAAAACCUCCUGUUUGCUGGUGGUCGGGUCACUGGAGAACUUGGCCAGCGCACCAUAUCCGGCGUUCUGAUUUACGAUAUGAACACCGCCAAUUAUGCGAGCAUCCAGCCAGCUGGCCUCGUUGGGCCAAACGUUACGGUCAACGAUAUCAAGGUCCAGCCCGACACGGCUUCGGUCUACGUGGGCGGUGCCUUUACCGGCACUUCUCAGGACUUGGCGUGCCCGGCAGUAUGCAUGUACGACACCACUACAAAUCAGUGGAACCCCGUUGGUAGUGGCCUUCAGGGGACCGUCGCGCAGCUCUUCUGGAACAACAACAAGCAGAUGUUCGCUGUCGGUAAUCUGACACUUGGCGGCAAUACUACCUCCAUGGUGCAGUACGAUCCGGAUAAGCAGGAAUGGACCCAGAUCAUGAACGACGCAAUUCCAGGACCGAUCUCAGCUUUCACUGCAGUGACAGAGGACGGCAAGCAGCUCUGGGUGUCUGGAACUGCGAGCAAUGGCUCCACUUUCCUGAUCAAUCUUGACGACGGCCAGAGCAACGUCGUCGAAGGAUUAUUAUCGUCAGGCACUGUCAUUCGGGGUCUGUCAGUGGUCGACUCGUUCAAUGACCACAGCGGAAACGACUUCUUAGCUCAAAGCGAAAUGCUCGUCAUCUUGGGACAGCUCAACAUCACCGGCUUUGGGUCCGCUUCCGCGGCCACUUUCAACGGAACCCAAAUGGUGCCGUUAGUGCUUGCGAGCAAGUCUGAUGGAUCUGCUGGCAGCGUCAGUGGGCUGGCCGCAAGCAGACCUCGAGCUCCGAGAUCCGAGAGCAAUCGUCGAUCUAUCGGUAUCACCGUGCUAGUAGCGCUUUGCGCUGCUCUUGGCACCAUCUUCCUCAUCGUGCUCCUUGGGCUGCUUCUGAAUCGCAUACAGCGGAGGAGAGCAGGCUACAACCAGAUUCCGAGCAUGCCAUACACCGACAAGAAUGCCAAUCUGAACCGCGUCCCACCCGAAAGUCUCUUCGGGAGUCUGGGACAGCGGACAGGUGCCGCACCACGUGUAUGA